AUGGAACCCAUCCCCGUCGUCUGGCACGGCCCCGAGGGCACGCGCGACCCCGGGCUCGACGCCGACGGGGCCGUGCGCCGCGACGCGCCCUUCCGCCGCGCGGCCUCUUUGGCCUCGCGCUCGCAGCGUAGCAUCGUGCGAGGCCGCCAAGGCGACGACGGCGGGAGCGACGGGGAGCUGAAGAGGUCGACGAGCGCGGCGACGAGCUCGCUCAGGCGCGCACGCGCGAGCAUGAACGGGGGCAGCUUCGCGAGCGGGGCGGGCACGGUGGGUCCGCACGCGCGUGCGCCGGUCGAGGCGUUCCACGAGCGGAGCCGGAGCGCGGAGGCGUCGCUGACGGAGAAGCAGCGGCGGAAGCUGAGCAGGAGCGAAGCGAAGGAAGGAAAGAAGGUUGCGAAAAUCAUCAGGGCUGAGGGCAAGAUCGAGCAGCAGGCUCUGGAUGUGGGCAUGGGGGAGCUUGUGGAGGCGCAACGCCUGCAGAAGUCUGCCAUCAAAGAUGAGGCCAAGGCCGGGGCUGCGUAUGCCAAAGCCCUCAAAGAGUUCCGCAAGGUUGAACUCGAGUUCUUCGCAAUGCGCGCCAAAUAUGAGCGUGCUCAAGCGGACCUUCAAGCUCACGAGGAUGCGCGGGAUGCGUCCCGUAGCUUCGCGCGUGAGACCACGGAGAUGCUGCAAGACAAGAAUAGGGAGAUCGAAUGGUUGCGCGCACAGAAGGCCGUGGAUGAUCGUGAGAGGGCAGCGAAAAUACGUGAGCUCACUGGGAAGGCUUAG